AGUCCGCCCCGGUCCUCGAGGAGCAGGUUACAGUGUCGCGCUCCUCUUUAUAUGAAGUUUUAUCUCAGCUAGUGAUGGCGAGAUGAAGCUUCCUGAAGCAUUGAAGCUUUCCAUCCAAUUGGUUCACUUAUGGACGGAAGCUUCACGAUGCUUUAUUUGCUCUACUGCGCCAUCAAGUGGACAAUAAAUGUAAAAACGGGCAGAGUGAUUAUAACACUAUGACUUUGGUGUGUGUGAAGCUUUGAAUUGAAUAAAUGAACGAAUGAUGUUUGUGAUGCCAAUACAUGAAUUAUGAACUUAUUAAUAUGGAGUCUGUCUUUAUAAUACAAUGGCGGGGUCAAAAGGGAAAGUGGAAAUACAUUGGGGAGACUGCUUAUGUUACUAUGGACAACAUUUAAUUCAUUUUUAUUUAAAAAUAGCAACGUGUCCACAGUGCUGUGCUUAUGAAAAUACCCUUUCACAGGGCACAGAUGAAGCUGGGGUAGAGAGAAUAUUUUACGAUGGUUAUUAUUACUAUGUGCAUCCCUUAUUAAGAGCGAUCAGCUCAAAAUGUUCCCAGACAGGAGAACAUCUCCUCUUUCUUGCUGGUUCCAUCGCAAAAAAAGAAGCUUGAAUACUUUGCAAACAAAUGCGCGAUAAAGUCCCAAGUCCACACGAUGUGAUCGGGGAAUCAGUCACGUGGUACGGUCGGCUCGCGAGGCUUCAAACGUUAUCACAUACGUCCUCGACACGAGCCUCGAUACGCGCUUCACAAAAAUCUUCCUGGAUUACUCGACACACGCUUCGAAGCCUCGACACGAAACGACACACCACUAAUCUCAGCUAAAAGUCCGACUGCACCGCUCGAGCUGCGGAUGAGACUUCCUCUUCGCCCCUUUUGCAUCUUCAGGAGUUUGUUCCCUCACAGGCAACAAGCAGCAAACCCACAGAAACGAGGCCUGAGCGGCGCAGCGAUGCGUCUGGUGCAGUUCAGACGGCGUGGUGAUGGAGGCGGCGUCCGGCUGGGAGUGGAGCAAGGCGGCGAGGGGCUCGGCGUGGUGGAUCUGAAGGCCUUUGACCCCUCCAUGCCCUCGACAAUGAGAGAGCUGCUGGAGCUGGGAGACGAGGGUCUGGAGCGGGCGCAGAGAGCCUUGUCGUCCGGUCGGUGCGUGGUGGAGCGCUCGGACAUCCAGCUGCUGUCCCCCGUGUCGGCCCCGGAGAAGGUGGUGUGCGUGGGGAUGAACUACAGGGACCACUGCCUGGAGCAGAACGCCCCGAUCCCCAAAGAGCCGAUCAUCUUCAGCAAAUUCCCCAGCGCCAUCACGGGGCCGUACGACGACAUCGUUCUGCCCUCAGAGAGCCAGGAGGUGGACUGGGAGGUGGAGCUGGCUUUUGUGAUCGGACGAGGGGGAAAACACAUCAAGGUGGAGGACGCUCUCGCCCACGUGGCCGGCUUUACCGUGGCCAAUGACGUCAGCGCGCGCGACUGGCAGAUGAAGCGCAACGGGAAGCAGUGGCUGCUGGGUAAAACGUUCGACAGCUUCUGUCCCCUCGGCCCCGCCUUGGUGACCACGGACUCUGUGAAAGAUCCUCACAGCCUGGGCGUCCGCUGCCUGGUCAAUGGAGACACAGUCCAGAGCAGCAACACCGAUCAGAUGAUCUUCCAGACGGAGGCGCUGGUUGCCUGGGUCUCAAAGUUCGUGACUUUGACUCCAGGAGAUGUUUUCCUGACAGGCACUCCUCCAGGCGUGGGUGUGUUCAGAAUGCCGCCCAUAUUUCUCAAGAAAGGAGACGUGGUGGAGUGCCAGAUCGACCAGUUAGGCUCCAUCAUCAACAAAGUGGUGUAAACGAGGAGGAAGGAAUGUCGGCCGUUCAACAAACUAAACUGCUUUUUUUUAAAAAAUGUAUCCGGUCGCUCCACACAAUGAAUUACUAAAUCCACAAAGAUUCACUGGUUUUAUCAUUGGGAAUGUGUGUCCAUAUCACACUCACUGCGAGGGAGGAACACUACGGUAUUUCUACUUCAGGAAACCGGGUAAUUACGUGACUCAUUGUGCCGCUUGACCUCCGCUAUGGAGUCAAAAUACCCCUCUAUACAUCAGCAGCCGCCCACUCGCGCUAGAGACUCAGGACUCUUAUAUGUAAAAAAGGUAUUUUAAUUAUGUUUAGUACUCAUGAUCAAUGAAACUGUACAACUAACUUCAGCGGAUUCAAGCAUAACAAGUGAGCAGAUUUUCAGUUAAAGGGAGGAAUUUAAGCUAAUUAAAAAGAAAAAACAUGCUUUCUUCAAAGUGUGUCCCUUUUAUAUUGCCUGGGAGAAAAUUCUUCAUAAUGACUUUGAUCUAUGCUUUGAUUCAUGUACCUGCUCUAUUCAUUUUAUUUUGGCUUAAAUCACUGUAGUAGAUUGAUUUUUUUUUUCACUGAUAAACAGCUUUAGCGAAA